GUCUUGCGUACUGCAGCUGAGCGCAGAAGGAUUGGCUUUAUUGCACUAGGGGGAACAGUAGGUAUCCAGGAUAUAGCAGGCAAGUGGUAAACACAAAGGGAGGGCUAUCUGCUGCUGCUGCCCCAGUCAGUACUUGACUGAGAGAGACAGACGGAGAGAGAAAGAGAGAAGAAAUGGAGACAUCCAGCCAGCUACUAAGUCUUGACCAAAAGAAGGAGGAAGAUGUCGGGACUAGCUUGUUUCACUGCCAUAUGAAGCAAAGGAGGCUUUUUAAUCCUCAAGAGGAGAUGAAGUUCCUGUUACACCGGUUGAUAGUCGUCGCCAGCCUCCCCCAGCAACUCGCAGACAGGAAAGACCUGGGAGUACACUACGAAGAACUGAACCAGCGCUUGCAGAGGUAUUACCAAGGAGAUGCUAUCACAGGCCUGCUUUUGCUGUACCCAACCUGCAUGCUUCAUGUCAUUGAGUCCUCCAGCGAGGUUCUUGUAUCUCUGCUGCAGGAUCUGAGGGACAUGCAGGAACGGCCACACUGUGUCCUGAUCGAGGCGCCCAGGGUCCUGGUGAUGUCACAUGACCUUCCCAGCAGGUUGUUCCAGCAGUGGAGCUACAAGGUGUUGAAUGUGCCGGCCAGGGUGGGUGGGAUGCUGAGUAGAGACGGGCCAGAGAGGGAGGAGGAUGAGGACACCGACACACUGGUCAGCACCGCCCUGUCUAUGCUGCUCAAGCUGGGGAAUCACCUCCUCAAAGCCACCAAGGGGUCAAAGAUGCCUCUGGGCUCUGUUCUGGAUGAAGUACCAGAGAUGAUAGUCCCCCAGGAUAUUCUGGUUCAGCUUCUGUCCAGAGGAGACCUUCUGAGCCCCCAGCAGUACCUGCAGGCCUACCACACCCCUCUCCACAUCCUCAUAGACUCUGGGCACGUGUUUGGAAGCAGUCAGCUAACUACAGUUUAGUGUUUGGCCAAAAGGUCAAAGAGCGUACUUGGCCUCCACCCGAGCAACUUCGAUGUGAAUUCUGACUUCUGAUGUGAUACAACUAGACAUUUGAAUGUGCUUCCUACUCAAUCUGUUUUCAGGGUUCAUAUAUGCCUGGUUAUUUGGAUGUGUUAUUGAGAACUGCCAUUCAUCUGGACUGUGUGACACAUUCAACUCUAAAUAAUUGUCCUUGCUCCACAAAUGGAUACUACCUAACAAGAUACAAUGUUUGAUACUGUAGUGUUAAAAUACACAGGGACUGCAGGGUAGGUUUGGUUGUAUAUUGCAAAUAUUUCAUAAAUAUUUGACUGGA